AGCCCCUUCAGAGAAGGUAGUGCUCCUCUAGUCCACGGGCUGGAAUUCCAUGAUUAACUUUUUGAUUGAGUAAUAACCAAAUCUGCUCGACAAUAGCCAACACAGAACCCUCUUGUGUAUUCAGAGUGAGGAGUGGGGGAGCUAUGACAGACUCCAACAAGAUGGUCAUCAACUUGGUCCUCUUCGGCAUGACCCAGAGUGGAAAGAGUUCUGCGGGGAAUGUUCUCCUGGGAAGUGCUGACUUCGACAGCCACUUUGCUCCAGCUUCCGUGACCAGAGACUGUAGCCUCGGCCGCAGCUGUCACCUGCGAGGCUUCAUGCGUCGGGGCGGUCAGGAGGUAGCCCUGCAGGUGCAGGUGCUGGACACGCCGGGUUACCCACACAGCAGGCUGAGCAAGCAGCAUGUGAAGGAGAAGGUGAAGGAAGCCUUGGCCCGCCACUUCAGCCAAGAGGGCCUCCACCUGGCACUGCUGGUCCAGAGGGUAGAUGUGCCUCUCCUGGAGCAGGAAGCGUCGUCCCUCGUGCAGAUGAUCCAGGAACUUCUGGGACAUGCUUGGAAGAAUUAUACCGCCAUUCUUUUCACCCACGCAGAAAAAAUAGAAGAGGCCGGGUUCGAUGAAGACACAUACUUACAUGAGGCCUCCAAUGCACUGCUAACCUUGCUUAACUCCAUUCACUGCAGAUAUGUUUUCCAGUAUAGAAAGGAAAAUUCAUUUAGUGAGCAAAGAAUAAAAAUCUUAGAAAGACUCAUGGGAUUUGUGAAAGAAAACUGUUACCAAGCUCUGACUUUUCAAUAAAACUUAAGAUGAAAGAAAAGAGUAUUGGAUAUGCAGGGAGUGAGAAGCUUUAAGCGUCUUUGCUAACAUGAAUAUGGACCAUGAGACAGCCUACAAGCUGCCAGGGGAAGGGAAGAAUGGCUAGAACCACUGCAAAACUGGACUGAUCAUUAAGAAGAUUCAAAAUUUCUUAAGCAAGUCUUAAGACACAACAAUUAACAUCUUAAGUAUAGUUUCAAUAGCAGCAUGUAUUGAAAUGAUGGUCCGUGUAUCAGCUAAACAGGAAAAUGGUCUGAAAGUCCUUUGCCAGUAGGUAAGUAAAUAGUGGCAUAUAAACACGAUGGAACACUACAGUGAUGAGAAUAACCAAACUAAAACAACAAGUAACAAUUUCACAAAUGGUUCAAACACGCUGAAAGAAGUCAGACAUUAAAAAUUUGAUUGCAUUUGCCGCAUGUUCAGGAACAGCUAAAGUGAAUGUAAUCUAGCCCGCUCUGACCUCAGAAGCGCUGAAGUCGGGGAGGGCUCAAGGACCCAACAAAGUUGUUCUGAGAAGAAAUUUUUCUGAGCUGGAGGCACACUUCACAGAUGUGUUCAUGUGUUCAAACAGACUCUUCUGAUUUAUGAAUUAUUCAUUGUAUGUCACACUUAAUGUUCAAAAUAGGGAACUGCCAUCCAUAUUUUAGAAGCUAACUCCAGUGCACCAGUAAGAUGAUCUUAUUUGUCUCAUUUGGAAUACCUACUUCAUAGUUCCUGUGAUGAUUAAAAGCCUGAAUGAUACUAUAUGGCAGCUUUCUUAUAAACUAGGGCUCCCACUUGGACUAGAAGCAGAAAUUAGAAACUCAUAUACAUUUUCCAUAUAUGAUUUAGAGAAGAGCUGGAGCAAUAGCAUAGCGGUA